AUGGUUAGUAUUAAUAAUCAAACUUCUCUUGAGAUCAACGAAAGAUAUCAAGAACGUUUACUCGUAAGAGCAAGAAAUUCAAGAUUUAGUCGAAGGAAUACAAUUAAAUUACCCGAAGGUGUAGAUCCACUAGAUAUGUCUUUUGAAUCAAUAUUCGAUGAUUCAAAUAAUGAACAAGGCGAUGAUGAUGAUUCUAAAAAACAAAAGCAAAUCCCUGCCGCAUCUAAUAAUAAUUCACCUAAAUUGCCUAAUUCAUCUAGAAUUCCUAAAUCAUCCAGAACCACUAAGAAAACUAAACAAAUCAAUGAACUUGAAGCACGUGUGAUGAUAGAAAACAUUGAACCUCCUUCUUCAAUUACAGAAAAAAUUGCUAAUCCCAUAUCAGAAAUUCGAGAAAAUUCAGUUGAUUCAAAUAAUCAAAACUUAUAUAAAUCUACUGAGCAAACGGAAGUAGAAAGGCCAAAUGGUUCAAUCAAUCCAAGUUUAGACAAAUCUACUGAUCAAGUAGAAGAAGAAAAUUCAAAUGAUUCGAGUAAUCAAUAUUUAAAUAAUUCUACUAAUCAAAUAGAAGAAGAAGAAAAGCCAAUCAAUCUAGAUAAACCUGAUAUCAAUCAAUUAGAAGAAGAAUAUUUAAAUUACUCAAGCAAUCAAUAUUUAAGUAAAUCAGCCGCUGUUCAAGUAAUAGAAGAAAGGCCGAGCGAAUCAAACAAUCAAAAUUUAGAAAAGUCAGCUGCUGUUCAAGUAGAAGAAAAGUCAAGUGGAUCAUCUGCCAAAAUAUCAUUAACUGACUCUGAUUUUUAUAAUCCAUUUGAGAAUAGAAGAAUGACUAGACAAAAUAAAGGUUUUACCAGAAGACAGUCCAGCAGAUUCACAUUAAAUAUUGAUAUUACAGAUGAGAUUGAUGAACAAUUAAUUGCUGCGCCAAAUAAAAAUCUAGGGUUUACCAUGAUAGAAAAACAAGAUUCAUCUCCUACAAUAGCAUUAGAUGAAAUCAGUAACAAUAACACUUCCAUAUUAGAAAUUAUAUCAGAUGAUCAAAUAUCUACGUCCAUGAAAUCACCAAAUAGUCAAUCACCUAAACCUAGUGAUAUAGAAGAAGACAGUUAUUUACCUUUGAUUAAUAAUGAUAAUGGGUUUGAUGGCACAUUUGUACUUGAACCUUCAUUUGCAUCAUCAUUGGCCAAACCAACCUCUAUUUUAUCAAUACUGGAAAAACCAGCAUCCUUUGACAAUAUUCCUAUCACAAUACCUGUUCAAUAUGAAACCGAUAAAAAAGAUGAUCCUAUAGGCAGGAAUGUAAUUAAUAAAGUAUUACCAGAAGAAGAAAUGGAGGAAGAUGAGGAGGAAAAUUUUACUGCUAAACAUUUAUCAGAUCCUAAUGAAAGAAAAAGAACAAUUUAUUCGGCAAAUAAUGAUCAAGAAGAAAAAAAAAGAAAGCAUUACACAUUAAAUGUUAAUGAAGUUGAAGAUGGCAAUAUUGUAAGAAAAACAAAGAAAAGGAGUUAUUCAAAACAUGGAAAUCCUACAGUAGAAAUUAAAAUGAUUCAUAACAUCGUUAAUGAAACAAUCGAUGAAUUUUUGGAUGAAUUGGAAAAGGAUUCAUACAAAAAUAUUAUUGAAAAUUUCAAGGAAGAAUUUGAAAUUCAAUUCACAAAACAGGCUGAAAUUAUUCGGAACCAAUUGAGUUUACAUGAAUUCUUUAAUCAAAAAUUAAUACAAAUGAAAAAAGUAAAGGAUGAUUUAUUAGAAAAAUUGGAAGGAUUGCAUAAUUUUCUUUCUAAUAUUGAAUUUUUAAGAGAAUCUGUUGCAUUAGAAGAAGAUGUUCCUGACAAAGAAUACAAUCAUCAUCAUCUAGACUUGAAUGAAAUUUCAGGACUUAUUAUCAGCAUUACAUCUCGUACUGGUGAUUUAAUAUCAAAUCAUAAUAGUGAGGAAGGUGCUCUUAGCAUUAUAAAAAGAUAUAAUAAGUUAUUGGAAACUUGUCAAGAAAUAUUAGAAAAAGAAUGUUAA